AUGUGGGAGCCAGUGGACCUCCCCUUCCAGAGCUCCCAGCCGCUGCCUACUCUACCCACGACAGAUGAAAUCCGCGCUUGCACCGAUGUUCUGUGGGAGACCCAGGCCUCCAAGAUUGUGAUGCUGAACGACGAUGUUGUUGUCAAAUAUGGACGUUGCGUAGACGUCUGGGAAGGCCAGGCUUUGGUUUAUCUUGAACGACACGUCCCAGAAGUUCCGGCCCCUCGACUGUACGCGAUGUACCACGACUCCAAGCAACUGUUCUUGAUCAUGCAACGUGUUCCCGGGGUGCCGCUGAAUUCCAUCUGGCCAUCAUUAGCGGAAUCUGAGAAGGAUGACAUUAUCGCCAAACUCAAGCGGGCUUUCGACGCCAUGCGACAGGCCGAGUGCCCGUGGCCCGACUUUUUCGGCGGCCUGGAUGGUGGCGGCGUAUACCACUACCUAUUCUACAGCCAACAUGGCGAUCGCAAAUUCCUCGGGCCUUUCUCCGGCGAACCGGCCUUUGUUGCGGGCCUGGUCGGGAAUUAUAGAGCCUUGGUCGAACGCAAUAAUCACCCGGACUACAAGGCUCGCUUUUACGAAAAAUACGUCGCUCGCGUCCUGCAAGGUCACCGGCCUACGUUGACGCAUGGGGACGUUCAGCAGAAGAACAUCAUGGUCGCGGAGAAUCCAAGCCGCCCCAACGAUCAGGGUGGGCGAUCAUUUGACGUGGCACUGGUCGAUUGGGAGAAUUCCGGGUGGUUUCCCGACUUCUGGGAAUUCUUUUGUGCAUCUGAUCCCUUUAAGUUCCAGUGGGACGAAGACUGGUCAUGGCGAGUCCAGGACUUUGUUGAAGUUUGGCCCGCCGAGACGGCCAUAAUGCAAUUGAUUGACAAGGAUCUAGGCUGGUGA